AGCCCAGCAGGCCCAGAGACAGCUGGCGUGGUGGGUGCGUGAGGACUGCCUGUGGAGCAGGUGGUCUCUGGCCAAUGGCCGUGCCGGCCGCGGCUUUCGCGUCGUUGACUCCCACCCGAAUACCAAUUGGCAAUUGCAGAGGAAAAUGAGACCGGCCGGCGGCAGCAGAGGAGAGCGAGCCGAGGACGAAGAAGCUUCCGAGAAACCUCCCUAGCUCCCCUGCUGAGCUUGAGACUGAGACUGAGAGUGACAAAGAGCCAUCCAUGUCCACGGCUUAGCUUAGCUUAGCUAGCCACCCCACCCAACUCAUCCUAUGAUCCUAAGCUAAUAAGAUCCAGCAGCGAAGAGAAGAAGGGACCGCUGGCGAUCGAGAUGGCGCCGCCGACAGUACCGCCACCCCGCGGCGACCGGCACGCGGCGUCAGAGUCGGCUUCCGUGCAGGCGAUGUCGUCCCUGUUCUGGGGCGACCGCGCGGUGGUGCUGUUCCCGGGCUGGCCCGGCGCGCGCGGCCUCGGGUCAUACCUCCUCUGCCUCCUCUUCGUGCUCGCCCUCGCCGCGCUCGCCGAGGCGCUCCACGCGGUGUCCGCCUACGUCGCCCACCGCCGCCGCGGCAGCGCCCUUGCCCCCGCGGUGCUGCUGACGGCGGUCCACGCGGCGCGGAUGGGCGCGGCCUACCUGCUGAUGCUGGCCGUCAUGUCGUUCAACGGCGGCGUGCUCCUGGCCGCCGUGGCCGGCCACGCGCUCGGCUUCCUCCUCACCCGUAGCUGGGCCACCAGGGCGUCGGCGGAGCUGGAGCCUGGACAUGGAGCCGGGGCCGGCGGUGGCGCCCGUGGCCGUGGCCGCGACCUCGGCCCUCCCGGGGAUGACGCCGCCAAGGCCUAGAUUACGGUGCAAAUCAAUAAGAAAUGUCUUUUUCUUUGGUAGAUAAUAAUGAAUCCAUGUCCUUUUCCUCUGUGUGUGAUAUAUUUGAAGAAAAAAAUAAAAACUUGAGGUCGGAAUUUUGUCUUAAUAUUGGAGAAUCUGUAUGGAGAUGAUGAUGAUGAUAUUUUUUUU